GUAAACUUUUAGCAGACGACAGGACGUCUGAAGAUCGUGAUUGAAGAGGCAAGUCGCUAUAACUCUCACAAAUAUGAAGAAUAUGUUAACAAACUGAUAUAAAGAUUAAAUUUUAAUAUAUAUCAAUCAUUCCAUGAUGAAUUUAGGAACAGCCUCUUUGGCAAGAGCAGGAAUCAAUUAUCUAGCAUCUGGCUUUUGCGAAGAACAUGGAUUAUUAUGGACUGAUGGACGAAAUGUAAACAUAUGUGGUAUUAAAGCUAUUAAAAGAUGUUUAGAAAGAUUUCUCACCAAAACCUUGAUGCAACUUGACCAAGUCGACGCUGUUCUAUGGGGCUACAGAAUAGAUGCAAACAACAGAAUUAUUACAGUUCAAUGUCCGAAUGUUGUAAAAUUGUUUAUAAUUACAAAGAGUAUUCGAAUUUCGGGAGAGGGGAAAAAAUUGGAUUACUAUGUUAACAACUGUCGAGAUAUUAAUUCUAAAUCUUUAUUAAAUGGAAUUCUUUGGCAUCCUUUUUUGGAUAUUGUUUGCAUAAUUUCAAAGUUUUAUAGUACGAUAUAUUUGAAUAACGUAGGCCAAGAUAAACCUGCUAGUUUAGCAUUAGAUCCAAAAUUUUCAAGUGAAAAUGCAGCUCCAAUGCAAUGCGGAUGUUGGUCAAUUAAAGGAAACUAUUUCAUCAUUGGAAGUAGUAGUAACAUAGUAAUUUAUCAUUGGAAAAAUAUAAAGGAAAAAAUAACGGAAUACGUUGUUCGAACUUUUUGUUUGGAUAUCAUUGAAACGUUAAUUAUUGCCUUAAAGUGCCAAGACGAAAGAUACUUAAUAUGUACUAGUAGAUAUCAAUUAAAAACUAAAGCCAACGACCGGCAGUGCUUAUUGAAAUUGGAAGAUAAGGAAGACGAAACACAGGAAGAUCAUAUUGAUCCGAGUAUUAUUAGAUUCAAGAGAAAAGACGACUCUAUUGCAGAAAAACUCAAAAGUUUAUGCAUAACCGAAUGCAAUACUGAAAAAUAUUCCCAAGUAAUUUUAGUCGAUUUUAUAGAAGAAACUAUUUUGAGUACGUUUAAUUUAACUGACAUUUUAACACCGGAUAUUUUGGAGUGUACAAAUAUGGGUUGUAUUCUUGUAUCUGGACAUGCUUCUUCGAAAGUAUACCAAUUUCGGAUAAACAAAGACGCCGAUAAAAUAUUUCAAAACUCUUGUCUCAGCCUAAAUACAAAUGAAAGGGCGAAAGGAAUAUGUAAACUAUCCGAUGAAAAUAAUCAAUUUCUUUUACUGAAUGCCAUUUGUGAAGAAGAACAGCCAUCAUUUCAAUUUAGUAUUUUGGGAAAGUACUCGAUUAGAGUUGAACUACUCGUAUAUCAAGAGCGAUUAGAAAAUGACGAUAAUCGAACUAACUCUCCAGUCUCUAUCUCUCAAAACUCUGCAAGUCCGUCUCAACCUCCAUAUACAAUUUUUAUUCCAAAUAAUUUUUAUUCAACUCCAUUUGAAUAUCAAAAUUAUGCUACAUUGCCAAUGGAUGUAAAUCAACAUUUUCCUACAUUAUCUGUAGGAAACUCCCCUUCUGCUUCUAUUCCUUGCUUUGAAAUGCAAAAUAUGAUGAGCAGCGGUCAAAUUUUUUUCAAUGAGAGUAGUAAAAGUUACGAAAUGCUCCCAGGAACUUUAAUGAGUAAUUUAAAUCCUUACAACAAUAUACAAGCCCAGAAAAUGAACAAUCUCACUCUUCCAGUUUCUCGAAUGGAAGAAGCAGCCACUAAUUCAUUUUCAGGAAUACAAGAUAUAACAAACGAUUGGAAAGAGAAUAUUAGACCAAAAGAGGAAUCUCACUCCACAUCAAAUGCAUCUCCAAAUGAAUUCCUUGAUAAUAAUUCCAGACCAUACCAAUCAUUUGAUUCAAUGUCAUAUCCAAGUUUGUCAACGCCUCCCAUUGUUUAUAUUACACUUCAUUCCGAUACGCAGACUAUUACUAAGAACUUCCUAUUAGACGGCGAUAAAUUAAAAUAUGCCGCAGUUUUGGACGUUUUUAAUUUAGCUAAUGUAGAAAUUAUGAUUGGAACAGAAUUUUGUUAUGUAUCGCCAAAUGUAGAUGGAUAUAUACCCCUUUCUUUUGAAAGUGGAUGUCAAAUUCACAUUACUGGCAGACGUAAAAUAUAA